CUUUUUUUUUUCGGUAACUGCCAACUCUACUGGGGCAUUUGAUGAUGCCUUUUGUUCCAACUUACUUAUAUUGCUACUUUAUUCAUCCGAAUCGCACUCAGGGAUAAGUCGGCCCCGAUGGCUUCUUUCUCGCCGCCACCGGCGCAGCAACGUUCAUCCAAGCUUCGACAGGAGCGGGAAUUUUACAAAUAUAUCCAAUUCAAUUCUCCUCCUACGGGACAUGACGGUCAGGAUGCCUCUACCGCUCGAUCCUCGUCUGAUACCGCGUUGACAGCCUUCGCUCAACUUGGCGCUCUGCGACUGAAUGCGCAGCGGGCCAUGAUAUCCCUCUUCGACCAAACCCACCAACACAUCCUUGCUGAAGCGACCCGGACGCUGAGUCUGCAGGACGACACUGUGCACGAAGGAUCGGAUGCGCUGUGGGUGGGCUGUUGUGUUAUUCCCAAGGAGACCGGCUUUUGCAAGCACGUUGCGGGUUUACCUCAGGCCGGGCUAUCUGCCGAUGACAAAGUGGUGGACGGUGUGGCAUUUGUUGUGCCUGAUCUCAGAGAAGAUGAGCGCUUCAGUAAGGGUAGCAUGGUCCGCAAGUACCCCUAUGUGCGAUUUUAUGCAGGCGUCCCCAUCGUUAGCCCUUUAGGGAUCACGAUUGGGUCGUACUGCAUCCUUGAUGACCAACCCCGUUUGAGGCUGGAACCCUCAGAGCUGCGCUUUAUGGGCGACAUGGCGGCCACGGUAAUGAAACAUCUGGACAUGGCCAGAGUCAGCGUCCAACACCGUCGGGCGGAGAGGAUGAUCGUGGGUCUGGGGAGCUUUGUUGAAGGCAAAUCGACUCUCCGUAGCUCGUGGCUACGAGAUCGUAAGCCAUCUAUUGUCGCAGAAGGCCUGGUUGAGGCUUCCGAGGGUCAGCCGCAUGUGCGACAACAGGAGGAACAAAGCCUAUCGGAUACUCCAAGCCCCGUGGGAGGAGGCCAUGAUGCUACCUCACGACCGUCUAUCAGUCCUUUACAGCCAACUGAACCUGGAUCUUUGAGCAAGGAUGAGUCGAAUGGGCACGUGAAAAAUGGUCCGAAACAAGAAUCUACCUCAGACAGGGCUACCUCCGUAAGAAGCCAGGCAUCAACGGACAGUAUCCAGAACGACGCUCUCGCUACUCAGAUCAAAGAGGUUUUCUCCCGUGCUGCGAAUCUCGUUCGGGAGUCAAUCGAGGUCGAGGGCGUCGCUUUUGUUGAUGCUAGCUUUGGAUCUUACGGUGGUUUGGUUAGUGAGAAAGGACCAGAGGCUGACAGCAGUCUUUCGGACACGGAUUCGUCAGACGACAAAGGUGUCGCCCAUCGAAGGCCAUCUUUGAAAUCAACAACAUGGGCCGGAAAAGACAGCCAAACAGAUAGCGCAGCCAUUUGUGGUGUUCUGGGGUAUUCAACCUCUACAGUUUCCAGCAUCGACGAUGCGCCGAAAGAUGAUAGCACUGUGUUAAUGCCAGAAUCACUACUCAAGACUCUCAUGCGCCGCUAUCCUCAUGGUAAAAUCUUCAACUUUGAUGAAGGUGGAGGCAUAUCCUCUGAUGAAAGCAGCGAUGGUCUUCCUCGACUUGCCCUCCAACGUCAGCUAUCCCGGAGCGGUGUACCAGAAAGAAAUAAACAGCGACCCAAAGAACGCAGAAGAGCCCGGGGGAAUUCUCUUCAACGGGACGCUGAUGGUCUGAUCCAACUUCUUCCUAAAGCUAGAAGUAUCGCUCUGCUGCCACUAUGGGAUUCUCAUCGCGGCCGAUGGUUCGCGAGCUGUCUCGUGUGGACAAAUACCCCACAGCGCGUCUUCUCUCCUGAAGAUGAGCUGACCUAUCUUGCUGCCUUUGGUGAUUCAGCAAUGGCUGAAGCCCAUCGUGUGGAUGUUGAGAUAGCGGAGAGGGCCAAGUCGAACCUAGUCAGCAGCAUUUCACAUGAGCUGCGAAGUCCGCUUCACGGAAUCUUUGGCACUUCCGAAUUAUUGAACGACACUACCCUUGAUGCACUACAGCAAGGGAUGGUCCAUACCAUCGAGUCGUGCGCCCUCACGCUCUUGGAUACUAUCAAUCACUUGCUCGACUUUGCACAAAUCAACAAGUUCCGAAAGGGGCGGUCACGCCAGGACAGUCGAAAUCCACAACGUUCCCAUAUAUCAUCCAUUGUCAGCGAGUCGAAGAUUAACAAAAGGCUGCGUGGUAACAUGGUUAGUCUGACUUCUAAUGUACAGCUCGACGCGGUUCUGGAAGAGGUUCUCGAAAGUGUCUUUGCCGGAUUUAGCUUUUACAACCGUCCACAAUCACAGUCCCCGUCUACCAACCGUCGCUCAUCCAUAUCAACCGAUGCAUCGGGAAUGUCCGAUACUGCCUUUUCACCAUCUGGAGCGGUGCAAGUCUUUUUUGAUGUCGAUCCAGCGGUUAAAUGGAACUUCUACACGCAGGCCGGUGCCUGGCGGCGCAUCCUGAUGAACAUCUUUGGAAACGCGCUCAAGUACACCAAGACAGGUUUCAUCCAUGUUCGAUUAGCGCCAUCUCCAUCUGCUGCUGUUGCCUUGAAAGGCGGGGGCAAUGGUCAUACUUCCGCUAGUCAAGGGCGUAAAGCUGGCGAAUGUCCAAUUGUCUUGUCAGUUAAAGAUACCGGCCAGGGAAUUAGUGCGGAGUUCCUACAAAACUCCCUUUUUACUCCUUUUAUGCAGGAAAAUUCGCUUUCACCAGGAAAUGGGCUAGGUCUGAGCAUCGCCCGUCAGGCGGUCCUCUCUCUUGGAGGUUAUAUUGAGGUCAGCUCCCAAGUUGACAAGGGUACCGAAGUGACUAUAGAGGUUCCUCUUUGCCGUUCCCGCUCCCCUGUACUGUCGGAGGACUCUGCACCGGAAACUCUCCUCCUAUCCAUGAAGAAAAAGGCGCGCGGGAAAUUGAUAGGUGUUUUGGGACUAGGAACAUCUAGAGCGUCAGAGCAAGACACCGCUCUGCGUACCUCGCUGGAGAGACUGUGUCGGGAUUGGUUUGGGAUGGAUAUCUAUUUUUUCGACAACAUGAAAACUGGCAAUGUACGGUGUAACUUUUACAUUGUGAUCCAGCUGGAUGUUUCCCCGUCCCAAAGCCAAGAGCUACAGCUACUGUCGAGCAAUGCGCGUUUCCCAUCCCCAGCCAUUGCCAUCUGCCAGUCACCCGAUGCGGCACAUGAUAUGUUCUUAGCCGCCAAAGCCGCCGGAGACACUGCGAUUGUUGAGUUCAUCAGUCAACCAUGCGGACCUCGGAAGCUGGCCAAGGCGCUGGACAUAUGCAUGAAGCAGCAAGAGGGCCGAAGGUCGAGAAAAGGGUCCAUAUUCCAGUCGAGUGAAGGUAUAGAUGAAUCUGGUGCGGGCUUUGAUGUGCAGCAGUCAUCCAACAUUCCCCCAGCGAUAUCGCGAAGAUCAACAACAGAACGUUUACAAAGUAAACAGCCUUUUCUUGAGGAUCAGCUACCAGAUGUGGAUGUUAGAGACGAUCGCGCCCGGGAGGGUGAUGGGUACGGAACCGAUAUAUUAUGCCCGACUACAUCAUCGAUACCAUACCGAUUGACUGAAAACAAAGCAGCGCCAGAUAAGCGAUCAGCCGUGCUGUUGGUUGAGGAUAAUGAAAUAAACCUCAACCUAUUAGUUGCGUAUAUGAGGAAAGGCAAUUACGACUAUGGAAUCGCGCGAAACGGCGUGGAGGCUGUGGAAGCGUAUGAAACUGACCCGACCAGGUUUUCGGUGAUAUUGAUGGAUAUAUCAAUGCCGGUGAUGGAUGGACUGGAAGCAACUCGCCAAAUCCGAGGGUUCGAAAGGACGUAUGAGAGCAAGCUUGAUGAUUCUGCAAGAUCGACGUGGAAGCCAGCAACGGUUGUCGCAUUGACAGGGCUGGCUAGUGGAUGCGCACAGCAAGAGGCAUUUUCAUCUGGAAUGGAUCUGUUUCUGACCAAGCCGGUUAAGAUGCAAGAACUGACACCGAUUAUGGACAAAGUGGUGUAGAAAUAUAUAUCAACGCUUACAUGCAGUACGACCACGACGGAUAUACUUUUGCCAUAUAUGAUUUAAUGGAUUGUAAAAUUAUUCAGCUAGCGCAUUAUCUAUAUUUCAAGAAACAAUAUGAACUUUACCUCUAC